AUGUCGCAGUCAGUUAAAGAAAAAAAGGUUUCUAAAGGCAAAGGAUCGACUGAAAGUGGGCUUAGAAAGCCAAAGAGAGCAGAAAAGAAUAUUAAUAUCCAAGUUCUCGGCAGCCCAGAAGCGGUUGACUUAUUCCUCUGUGAUGGAGACAUUCUCAAUUGUCAAACUAUGGACUACAGUGUCAACAUCAUGGCAACGGCUCCACUUUAUCCCAGUGACGAAAGCGAUAUGAUUAUUUGCGUCUAUGAUGUUUGCAAUUACAAGACGGUUGAAUACCUCCGCAAUGAAAUUUUCUCCAAAUACUUCAAGCUAAAGAAUUUAGUGAUUGUCGGAGUCGGUUUAGAGGGCAGAAGUUUAGAGAAUCUCAACAAUGUGACUCCAAAGACGAUUUGCCAACAACUUUGUCAUCAGUUCAGAUGUAUUGGCACGGAGGUGGUUAGCUGUGGAGCUAAAAGCAAAGCUAUGAGCCUAUUGUCUCUCUAUGGAAGUCUGUGUCCGGAAGAAUUCUCCGCUCAAAACGAAUCAGGAGGAGUGUCAAAUGGAAAAAAGUCGAAAGCAAAGGCCAACAAGAUUUGA